GCAGCCAGAGCGUGUGAUGGGGAUAAUCCAGUCCAUCAAGGAGCAGGGGAUGAACAAGCUGCAGGUCAUUUCUGACUUCGACAUGACGCUGAGCAGGUUUGGGUGCAACGGCAGACGCUGCCCCACUUCGCACAAUAUCCUCGAUAACAGUCGUGUUAUCAGUGAGGACGGCAAGAAGAAGCUGAAAGAUCUGCUGCACUACUACUAUCCCAUUGAAAUCGAUCCCAACCGGACCCUGGAAGAGAAAUGUCCCCUCAUGGUGGAGUGGUGGACCAGGGCCCAUGAGCUGCUGUCGCAGCAGAAGAUCCAGAAGUGUGACAUAGCCCAGAUAGUCAGAGAAUCGGACGUGAUGCUGAGGGAUGGAUUCAAUGAAUUAUUUGAUCAGCUGCAUAAGUACAACGUCCCCUUGUUCAUCUUCUCUGCUGGUGUCGGUGACAUCCUUGAAGAGGUUAUCCGUCAGGCCAACGUCUUCUACUCAAAUGUCAACGUGGUGUCCAACUACAUGGACUUCGACGAUAAUGGAGUCCUCACACAUUUCAAGGGACCUCUCAUCCACACCUACAACAAGAACAAUAGUGUCCUGCAUGGUACAGAGUAUUUCCAGCAGCUGAGCAAUAGGACAAGCAUCAUCUUGCUGGGGGACUCCAUGGGUGAUCUGACAAUGGCAGAUGGCGUUCCCAGUGUGGAGAACAUCCUCAAGAUUGGUUUUCUCAACGACAAGGUGGAAGAGCGGAGGGGGAAGUACCUGGAUGCCUACGACAUCGUGCUGGAAAGCGAUGAGACGCUGGAUGUGGUCAACGGGAUUCUCCGGUACAUCCUUAUCAAGACAUGAGCUGGGAAGGCAGCGUCCCAGCUCUGGCCCCUCAGCAAGAUGCCUGGGCAGUGAAUGUCUUUCCCUCGACAAAGCUGGAGUGGAUCUUCUCGUACCUGCUGGACUCCAUCCUGACGCUGGGCAGGCUCCCUGCCCUGGCUCUCGCGUGUUGCGCACAUCCCGACCUCACUAACCCCCUUCAGUCAGCCCUGGAGCAGGAGGGGUGAGACAGAGGAAGCUUCUCCACUCCCUUUACCCCAUCUGUGCCCAGCUCUGGUGCUUCCCUCUCAGACUUCAUCCCACUUGGACUUCAUCCCAGCCAGCGCCUGAGGCCACAACAAACCAUUUCAUGUUUCGGGUAGAGAUGUUCUGCGCUUGCUUCAGUGGCCAAGCGCAGAAAUGGAGAUCGUUUGCUGUGGCUUGAGGACAGACCUGUUUUAGAUGGAGGCUGUUUAGUUUUACAGGACACUGUCUAAGAAAACAAGUCUCUCUCUCGCCCUGUUUUCUGUGGGCUUCAAAGUGCCUGGGCUGAGCUCCAGUUGUGCCACCCGCGGAUGAGCUGGUGUGGCCCUGCCAGGCGUAGCAUCGCCCAGCCCCUCGUCCCCCACAGAAACCAUGCAGCUCCCUGGCCCCCAUGCCCCAGCCUUGCUGUCCCUCUUGCUCCGUUACAGCUCUUGCUAUAAAAAUGGCUUUUCCAGUCAUCCCUGCAGGCCCGUGGAGCUCAUCUGACGCUGCUGCACAAAGCAAGAAGUAAGUUUGUCUGCCGAGGGUUGGGUUGGGGGGGUUUGGGUGGCAGCGGCAGCAGCAGACUGCGUGCCUGGAGCACUGCGUUUGCAGCCCACGGGUGUGCAUGGGGGAGGAGAGGCCAAUGGCAGCAUUUUGUUUUUUAAGGAAUAUUUUAGCUAAACAUGUUUCUGUCUUAAGCUGCUGGGCUGAUCCUGGGCUCUCAGAGCAGCAUUAGAAAGAAGCCUCUUAUUUCUGUGUAACCUCUGAUAAUGUAAGGAGUAAAGCUGUGACAGCCCUGAUUCAGCAAGGGGCAAAUUCAGACCCUUACGUGGGAAACUGCUUGCACGUCCCGUCCUGCUGCCUGCUCUGAUGGCAUCAGGAGCCUGUGCUGGUGCAGGGUGAGCUCUAAUACAGCUCUUUGGGGGCCGUUAUUGGUGUGGCGUGGCCCAGCACAGGUCGGCAGCCCCUGCCCUGCCGCCUUUGGACAGGGGCAGCUCUGGCUCGUGAGCUCUGGGCUGCUCUGGGUUCAGCCCUCGCUUGCUGCCUUCCAUGUUGUGAGACGAGUAAAUGUGACUUCUGAAAGUGCAGGCUCCAUUCUCCUUGUCAAAAUAAAAAU